UGAUGAAGUCACGGGAAGAGAAAGUCAAGAAAGAGAGGCCAGGACAGAGCCUGGGGAGACACUCACAGCCGAGGGUGAUAUGGAUGAAGAUCCAGGAAAGGAGAACAAGAAGAAGCAGUCAGACAGGGAGGAUGGAGGCUGGUGGAGAAGCUGGCUGCAGCAGAGCUACCAGGUUGUCAAAGAGAAGUCCACAGAAGCCCUGGAAUUCAUGAAACGGGACCUAACCGAAUUCAGCCAGGUGGUACAGCAUGACACAGCAUGUACCAUCGCAGCCACUGCCAGUGUGGUCAAGGAAAAGCUGACUACUGAAGGUUCUUCAGGAGCAACAGAGAAGAUGAAGAAGGGCCUAUCUGACUUUUUUGGGGUGAUCUCAGACACAUUUGCUCCUUCCCCUGACAAAACCAUUGAUUGUGAUGUCAUCACCCUGAUGGGCACACCUUCAGGAACCACCGAACUCUAUGAUAGUGCCAAGGCUCGUCUGUACAGCCUGCAGUCAGACCCAGCCACGUACUGCAAUGAGCCCGACGGGCCUCCAGAGCUGUUUGACACCUGGCUAUCUCAGUUCCGUUUGGAGGAAAAGAAAGAAGAGAUCUCCAAUCUGCUCAUCGGCAGCCCUUCCAUCCGGGCCCUCUAUACAAAGAUGGUCCCAGCAGCUGUCUCCCACUCAGAAUUCUGGCACCGAUACUUCUACAGGCUCCAUAACUUAGAACAGGAAGAGGCCCGGAGGGAUGCUCUGAAACAACGGGCAGAACAAAGUGUUUCUGAGGAACCAGGCUGGGAGGAAGAGGAAGAAGGACCCUUGGGAACAUCUCAGCUGAAUAUGCGAUCCCAAGAAGAGAGAAAAGCUGCCCCAGAUGUUAAGGGUUGGGCCAGUAGCCCUCAGAGUCCUUCUGAGGAGAAUUUGGGAGUGGUGGCCACCCCCUCAGCUGAAGUCACCCCAUCGGAGAGCAGUGAGAGUGUCUCACUUGUGACACAGGUGGUCAAUCCUGCUUUUACUCCUGAAGCCCCAGCACUGGUGCAGACAGCCCCUGCUAAAGACCUCUCCCAAAGGCUUUUGGAAGCCACUUUGGAAGACCAGGUGCCCAUAGCUGAUGCAGGAGAGACGGGCCCACCUCCUGCGGAACGGCCCAAGUUUUCAACCCCCACUGUGCAUCCAAGCAGCUCUGAGCCCAAGCCAGUAAUCAGAGUAGAGACUCUGAGAGAGGAAGGACCAACAGAUUUGCGAGUGUUUGAAUUGAACUCGGACAGUGGGAAGUCCACGCCUUCCAACAAUGGCAAAAAAGGUUCCAGUACUGACAUCAGUGAAGACUGGGAGAAGGACUUUGAUCUGGACAUGACUGAGGAAGAGGUGCAGCUGGCUCUGUCCAAAGCUGACGGAUCUGGAGAGCUGGAAGACGUGGAGUGGGAGGACUGGGAAUGAGGCGGGAGGGCUUGGAGAGGACAGCCCCUCCACACCACACAGGCCCCCACCUCCCUUCUCAGCCGGUCCUAGAUGGCACCAUCUACCCAAUGCUGUCUCUUCCAUGUCCCUCUCCUGGAGAGAAAGCCUCUUCCAGUGCUCUCCCAGGAGGCACCUGAGGCCAGACAGUGUCAUGUGACCUGUGCCAAUUCUUGGACUGGGGGGAGGGGAAUACCACCACCACCACCACCACCGCCGCCACCUUUGAAGAGCCCAGAUUUCUCUGCUGUAAAUCCACUGCCCCCAGGCAGUACCUGCAGUGGCCUCCUGCCCGCCUGCCCGCCCGUGUAUGUGGAAGCUAAAACUACAAACCACUUUGGAUCCAGCCCCAGUGGUGCCCUUCGCUCACCUCUUGUCCCCUCGUGUCCCGUCUUUCAGCUACAAGAAAGCAGGGGACAGCUUGGGGAAGCCCCUUUCCUGCCUUAGGUCCAUUCCCAUCUUUUCUCCCUCAUGUCUUUCCCCACCCUACCAUAGGUGGCCUUCUUUGUCUGACUCUGCUGGGGUGGGGGGAAAGGAUGACAUAAAUGUCCAGCUGUCCUCCGGGGAACCUAGUGCAAACCCAUUCAUGUGUCUUAGGGGACUCCUCCCUCUUCCCUUGCCAGGCCUUCCCUUCCCUCUUCACAAGGCUCAAGUGAUUCUAAGUGGGUACUAUAGUAGUGAUUGGGGACCAAAUGCUGCCCACCACCAUCACCAAACCAUCCUGUCUCCCAGUGCCUCUUUUGCAACACCUGCUUCUCAGACAUUCAAGGAGCUGAGGUGGCCACAGGCCUUGGUCUGAGACCGUGCUCUUCUUGCAUUUCUGGCUCUGCCUCCCAGAGCCAGGAGCAGCAGCCUGUAAACUCUCCUCUUGUUCCCUGGUGGGGGGUGGGGGGACCUUUGAGGAAACACAUCAUGUGGAAUGUAACUGCUUCCUGAGCAGGAGAGAAGGUGCACAGUCCCUGCCAACCCUUUUGCAGCCUUCAGUGGGUAAGCCAUGAGAUACCCCCUCCCCCCCAUUGCUUCUCCUUGGGGCAUGUGUUGUGGGGCGGGCCCAUACUCAUUUACAUCUGUCUCCUGACUCAGUUUGGCUAGUGUGGGUUCCCCUUCCCCACUUCAGUUUCCUCUGUUAUGGGGAGAUAGGUGGCUUCUGUCUUCAUUCUCUCUUUGCCUCCUUCUCUGGCUGGGGAGGGGCUUGCCUGGGUUCCUCAACACCCCCUCGAUGCUGCCCUGUGGACUCAUGUCCAUAGGACGGUGUGUUUGACAGCCAUUGGAAAAGGGUCAAGGUCAUGGGCCAAGGGGAGGGUGGCAAUCAGUCAUAUUCAUCAAGAAAGUCAAGUUGGGGAAAAUGCUGAAUCUUUCUCUGGGGGUGGGGGGUGGGGGUUUUCUCUUUGUAAUGUUUAGUUUCACCUUUUGGGUUGUUUGUGCAAUAUUAUAUAUUUUAAAUUAUAAUGCAUCUCCCCAGAGCAUUUUGUAGCUGGGAAAAAGAGAAAAAAAGAUAACAGCUGUUAGUUUUGUAAUUUAAAACCCCCCCACAAAGAAACUUUGUCCUGAACCUUUUGCAGACUUGCAGUUAACAGCUAUUAAAGACAUUCGACAUUA